GUGAGCAAUGGACAAGAACAAAAUGGCUUCAGGAAAUUCAUCAGCAGUUUACAACUAUGAAGAUUGCUAAUAUGUCCCAGUAUUGGUUUGUGAAGUGUAUUAAGGUGUAAUAGGGGGCAAAUACAUAACCCGUCCGAGGCCUUGGAAGUGCAUAGAAUAGAAUAAAAUGGCAGAUAUGGUGGGUAUGUGGGAGGUGCCUCUCAGUGAUGGAAUAUACCAGAUUGAAUUUGAGCAUGGAACCACUACAGGGAAGCGGGUUGUUUAUAUCAAUGGAAAGGAGGUCCUCAGAAGGGACUGGAUGUUCAAACUAGUGGGCAAGGAAACAUUUCCUGUGGGAUAUACAGGCGCAAAAGCUACUAUAAAUAUCGAAGCACUUACCGGCUUUACUUAUGAGUACACUCUGGAAAUCAAUGGAAAGAGCCUCCAGACUUUUAUAGACAACUGGGCUAAGAUAUCCAAGACUUGGCUGCUGAAGCUUGAUGGUGCUGACUGCAGGAUUGUUCUGGAGAAAGAUACCAUGGAUGUAUGGUGCAAUGGCCAAAAGGUGGAAACCACGGGGGAGUUUACAGAUGACAGUACUGAGACGCAUUUUGUAGUGGGGAACCAUGAUUGUUGCAUAAAAGCAACUGGCAGUGAGAAGAAAAGAAAUGGAGUAAUGCACACGCUACUUGUGGAUGGGACGAAGGUCAUGUGAUCAGGAAGUACCUGUUUCACUAUUGACUACUUCACUCUCAGGUGGCAAAUCUGCAGAGCGGUUACUUCCUUGUUCACUUUUGAAUCAAAUGUUAUUAAAAUAUGAUUAACAAAAUGUUUGAAUAAGCUGUAAAUCAUCAAGAACUAUAACAGAAGAAUUAUUUCAGUUUAGAAAAUUUCAGCCAAAGAAUGAUCAGUGAUCAGUGAUUUCACUUAAUUAAAUUCACUUCAUUUAGUAAAGAUGGAAUUGUUUAUUUUAUUUUUUGAGUUAUUUUUAUAGACAUGUUUAUAGAAAUAGGUAUGGAUUACAGGAAAUUUGCAAAAUUGAAUUUAAAUGUACUUAUUUGCUCAUUGCAUGAAUGCCUUUUCAUGCACAAAAUAAAUUGAAAUGAGUUUUCAGUAUCGAGGGCAUUGGAACACACAUUGCAUUUACUGAUUAUACCCCGUGUCAUUU